AUAUAAUAUUUCACGUCAAAAUGGCUGCUCGGCGAGCGACGUCUAAACUUACGAAAGCUUUAAAAAAGACAGCUGAGAAAGUGGUUGUCGAUCCUUUCCUAAAAUCAUAUAUACCAGCUGGAAAAGCUGUUCCAGCCCCUCCAUUAGGGCCAAUGUUAGGUGCACGUAACAUACAAAUCGGUCAAUUUUGUAAGGACUUUAAUGAAAGAACAAAAAACAUCAAAAAAGGAAUACCACUACCGACAAGAAUAUGGGCUAAUCCAGAUAAAACUUAUAAAAUGAUUAUACAUAAGCCACCUCUCACUUAUUUUAUUAAACAAGCGGCUGGUAUCAAUCGUGGAGCGAUGAAACCUGGCAAGGAGACUGCAGGAAAAAUAUCUUUAAAGCACGUUUAUGAAAUAGCUAAAAUAAAAAGUGAAGAUCCUUGCUGGGAAAACGAGGAUAUGGAAACAAUUUGCAGAUCGGUUAUAGGGGCAGCUCAUAGUUUAGGUGUUGAAGUAGUAAAAUCAUUAAGUGCUGAAGAAUAUAAGGAGUUCCUCGAUGAAAGAAGACAAAUUGUUGAUGAACAAUUAACAGAACUGGAAGAAUCUAGAGCUGCUAAAAUGUUGCGAGUUGUACAGUAGAGCUCAGAUAGUUAGAUAAUUAACAUCAAUUUUCCGAGAAAUGUAAAGUACACUAUAAAUAGAAUAAAUAAAUUGCUCAUUACUAAAGAUCCGCAGUGAAAUUUGCAAUGGACGGUAUAUUUUCAGAAAUAAUAAUUUUAUUUUUUCAAAAAAAAAAGGAAACAAAACCAAAAAACAUAAAAAAAGAAACAAACAACUCACUCAUCAAAGGAUUUCCUGAAGAACAUUUUAUAAGACUUGUUCGAAAACUAAUUAUAAUAUGUUUGUAAUUUAUCGCAUUAUUUAGAUUUUUUUCCAUUCAAUCAGAUAAAACAAGAAAAACCAUUUCUUUUCCUAAAGACAUUUUCCACAACAAUUACUCCCUUAUCUUUUUUCCCUUAGAUUUCUUAGAUUUUCUUUUCCUCUUAUCCCUGUCAACUGCUAUAAGGCCUUGGUGGUGAAGUUGACGAUGCAUUUUAUUGGCCUUUGUUAGUGUAUUUAGAAAUAUCUUAUCACCCUUAGUAUUUGGAAGUGGCGGAGCGACAUCUUUUUCUGAUGCUUUUAAACGAAGUGUUCUCCUACCAAUUGAGCUAUCAGAGCUUUGACUUUCUGUAUCAACUGUCGACUUUUUUGGAGCGACUGGAAUUAAAUUGAACGCCAGCUCUUUGUGAAUAUCUCUCCUGACAGCCCCCGUACCGCUAUAAGCCGAUCUAUCUAUUCUUGUCUGGGCGUUUCUUUGUGCUGUUUUUGUCCUUUCAAACUCGAAAACAGCGGCUUCUCUUGCAGCUGUAGCACUCCUCGUUGUUCGCCUUACAGGAGUUUGUCUCCUGCGGCUUUUACUUUCUCUUAAUUCGUACGGUUCUGUUGAUAGGCUUAAACUUUCUAGUAAUUCUUGAGUUUGAUUUUCUAAAUUUUUCGAUUCCUUUCGACGUUUGUUUGAGAUAUUUUCAUUCGAUGAAUACGUAUCCUCUUCAUAUAAUACAGCAGCAGACUCAGCUAAAGGAGGAACUUGUUUAACGGAAUUCUUGCUGGGUGGAGGAUUAGAUUCUGGAGGAGAUUGCCCUAAUGAGCUUAAUAUCUCGUGCACAUCGGCUUGUUCCACUACAUUAAAUCCUAAAUCUUGACUAUUUUCCACCUCUUCGAUUCCACCUUCCUCUUUCUCUUCCUUCGUAUGGGUGGCUAUAUGAGCUUGUAAAUCUUCAGUAGUCCAAAAUCUUCUUGAACACAUGGUACAUUUAUUUUGUAUAUGUUUAUUAUGAAUUAGUAAGUGCUCGUGGAGAUGAUGGGAUCUGGCAAAUUUCUUAUCGCAUUGUGGGCAUUUAAGGGCGUCGUCCGAGUGAAUUUUUAAAUGAUUCUUUAAAUCGUAACGGUGUCGAUAUUUUUUGCCGCAAACAGCACAUUGAUAAUUUGCUCCUGAUUUAUGUGUGUCUGUAUGCCUCUUAAGAGCGGAAGGUCUUAAGAAUUCUUUGUUACAUUCCGUACAGGUAUAUAAUUUUUUCUGACGAUUUUCCUUCUUCUUAUUUGAUUCAUCUGCCGCUCCCUCUUGAUGACGAAUUAGAUGCUUAUCCAACGAUCUUGUUGUUUUAAAAGGUUUCUUGCAAACAGGGCAUGUAGGCCUCGGUGCGUUGCUAUGAUCAUCUUGAACAUGUCUUCGUAAUGCCCGCUCGUGUUUGUAUCGAUUCUUACAUAAUUUACAUGCAUAACGCCUUACAUCAGAGUGCGUGUCUUCAUGCUCUCGCAGUUUGUUCAUUGAGACAAAUUUUUUAUGGCAAACUGAACAGGUGGGAACUUCUUCGCCACGAUGUAAUUUAGAAUGAAAAGCUAAGGCUCUCUUUCUUCUGAAUCUCUCACCGCAUUCUCCACAUUCGUAGAUAGCAGCAGUGUUAUGCACAUCCAUAUGAUAGGCUAAAAGUGAUGGACUAGCAAAUCUCUUGUGGCAGACGCUACACGCGUAAACAGUUUUUCCACCAUGCUCCACGUGUUCGUGAGCCCUUAAGGAGCGUUCGUGCUUAUAUUUUUUACCGCACAUUACGCAAGCGAAGGCGGCUCUCGACGAAUGUACGUGCAUAUGGACGGCUAACCGUGAGGCUAUUAGAAAAAUCUUGCCGCACUUCGGACAACGAUGACAUCGUUCGCCCGUAUGAAUUCUUUCGUGCAUUCUCAUAUACAUUUUACUCUUAAAGCACUUUCGACAGUGUUUACAUUCGAAUUCUGGUAUACUGGAAUGGCUAGCUAGAUGAGUACGAAGGUAAUUAGUCGUUGUGAAUACUCCUCUACACACGGGACAGGUAUGCAGUCCUAUGCCCGUAUGCAGUUUCAUAUGCUGGGUAUGCGAUGUUUUUUGCCUGAACGAUUUACCACAUUCACGGCAUUUAUAACGAGGCGUCGAAGCGUGCGUGUCCAUAUGGCGUGUUAACAGGGAGGGAGUCGUACAUUUUCUGCCGCAAAUCUUACAAACGUGUAAUCCCAAAUUCUUGUGCAUUUUCAUAUGUCCAACAAGAUUGCUCUGCCAUCUAUAAACCCUUUUACAUAUUUUACAUUUAUAUUGAGCUUCCCCAUGUUUGCACUGAUGCCUUUCUAAACUGCUUGCAGAUUUAAAGCUCGUAUCGCAUAUGUCACAGGUGAAUGAUUUGUUUCCAAGUCUGGAUUUUCCGUCUUCUUCGCUCAUCACGAAUUUUUGCCUAAAGUUGCAAAAUUGUUGGCUAAAUAGAUGAAAAUUAUAAAUAAAAUAACUACUUCUAUAAACACAUUCUCAUCUUUCUUCUCAAAUGAAUAAGGGUGAUAGAGUUACUGUAGAUGUAUUGUAUUUAUUAUUACAGCUGCAAAUCUAAACUAAUUCGAUACGUAAACGUCCAUUAAUAUCAUACUCAUCAUAGAUAUAAGCUGCCUUACUGUCAAUUAUUACAACGCGUAGCGCAGAAGGAGUAUUGACAUGUACAGCAUCUCUAUGCUACUGUAUUUCUCCAGCUUUUAAAAUAUUUUCUUGUCUAGUAUUUCAACAGUUUAUGUUUUGUAAAUAAACAAUAAUUAUUUCUUACUAUAAAUCUUUAUAAUAAGUCAUUAAAAAAUAAUAUAAAAUGCAUUAAAUAAAAAGGAAAAUCGUUAAUUUGUAUCAUAUUAUUUCCCUAGUUCUUUUAGUCAGGUGUUGAAAAUAGUUUUCGGUUGAGACAUUUACAACAUCUGAUUAUUUUAAUUUCCAUUUCACUUUUUAUUUUUAAUAUACUUAUUACUACAUUUACAAGUUAAGAUAGUUCCAGUAAUGUAUUUGGUUACAAAUUGCAGGUCCGACAAACCCGACUGCGCGUACAAUCAAAUAAUAUCACCCUAUUAUCGCUCAGUAAGUAUAGGAUAGUUUUCUAAACGAACUCUAGUUCCAACAAACGACAUGAGUAGAAGUAAUAUAUAUAUAAAUUAUGAACUAACCUGAGACUAGUCUUUGUUAAUUAAUUGUUGAAAUUGUUGAUUUCACAUUAAAUAAACAAGAGAAGCUCAUUUUCCUAC